AUGGAGCGAGGGGCGGCCGCAGGCGCUAGGCCAGGGCCCCCACCUGAGGCCACUGAGAACGGGCUUCAGCCUGGCCUGGACCCACCUGGAGGGUGGGUGGCGGUGCUUCUCCAGGUUCUGCCACGGGCUGAGGACUGGCAGCCAGGGGCCCCAGGUGACGCCCCAGCCUGGGCCACCAGCCUAGAGCCGGAGCAACUGUUAGACCUGGAGCUGAGUGAGGAGCAGAGGCUGCAGAUCUCCAAGGAGCUGGUCGAACUGCAACUCACCACCCACCGCCUUCGGGAGCAGCACGAGGCUGAGAUCUUUGAGCUAAAGAGUGAGGUUUUGCGGCUGGAGAGCCGGGUGCUGGAGCUGGAGAUGCAUGGGGAGCAGUCCAGCCGCGGGCAGCGCCAGGCGCUGGCACAGGGCCACUCCAACGACCACAGACUCCAGACACAGCCCAAGGACUUCAUACUCCUGGAGUCCAGGCCGCAUAAGCCAGAGGACCCUCAGCUGGGAGAAGCGCAGAGGGCACUGGAGCUGCAGGGAGCCUGGCAGCGGGUGCUGGAGACACGUGUGGCAGCCCUGGGCCAGCAGCUGCAGGGAGCCCGUGAGGAGGCCAGGGCAGCUGGGCAGCAAGUGGCCACACAGGCCCAGGUACUGUCUGCCUGCCAGGGCCAGCUCCGCCAGGCCGAAGCCGAGAACAGCCGGCUGCAGACGCAGCUCAAGAAGCUGAACGAGGAGUACUCGGUUCGGCUGCAGCGCUAUGCCCGGGACAUGGUGGACUACGCAGAUGCAGGCCAGGCGCCAGCCGCCGCACCCCUGCAGACAUCCCUGGAGGCCAUCCUGGAAGACAUCCGAGCCGCGCACCGAAGCCGAGAGCAGCAGCUGGCCCGAGCCGCACGCACCUACCGCAAGCGCCUGGCCAACCUGAGCCAUCGGCAUGAGGAGCUGCUGGCCAUCCACAGAAUGGCCCCUGGGCCCCCCAAGGCUGUCCUUGAUGCAGACACCUGGGACCUCGAGCCGAUGCCGGUGCACCUGGCUGCGGAGCUUGGCCCUUUGUGGGAGGACAAGGCAAGGCUGGAGAUGCAGCUCCGGACGCUCCAGGCCCAGCCUGGGGAUGGGCCCCCCACCUUUACAGCAUGGGGGCCUGGGACGCUGCUCUUGUUUCCACAGAAGGGGCCCGGUGAAGCCUCCCUGGGGGCUUUGGAGCCACAGCUGAGCUGGAACAGGAGCGAGCACAGCUGCUGGCCCGGGCUAUGGCGGCCGAGGCUCAGCUCUCUGAGCUACAGGAGUACGUGGACCAGCACCUGA